AUGGCACGGGCAGCUCCGCCAGACUAUUAUGCCGUUCUCGAGGUGUCGGACAAGGCAACCGCCCAGCAGAUCCGCGAUGCCUACAAGCGUGCCGCCCUAAAGUCCCACCCCGACCGCGUGCCUGCCGACAGCCCGGAGCGCAAGCGGCGCACGGAGCGCUUCCAGCUGGUCAACGACGCCUACUACGCGCUCUCGGACGCCGGCCGGCGCCAGGAGUACGACACGCAGCGGCGGCUGUAUGGCGUGCGCGACAACGGCCGCGGCGGCGGGGCCUCGUGGGCCUGGGAUCAUUUCCCGCAGCCGGCGACGGGCAGCGAUGGGCGCCAGGCGAGCCCGGAGGAGGCGCGGCAGCGCACGGAGGAAGCCCAGUUCGCCGACGUCUUCGAGGAGAUGAUGCGCGAGGAGGGCAUGGCCGAGCAAGAGGACGCCAACGGCGGCGGCAGCACCAGCACCGGGUCGACUGGGAACAUCUGGGGCGUGCUGGGCGGCAUUAGCGGCGGCGCCCUCGGCUUCAUCGUGGCCAACGUACCCGGGAUGAUGGCCGGUGCCGUGGCCGGAAACCGGCUGGGCGCCAUCCGCGACACCAAGGGCAAGAGCGUCUACGCCGUCUUCCAGGAGCUGCCGUCUGACGAUCGGGCUCGCCUGCUCAGCCAGCUGGCUAUGCGCGUGCUCAGUCACACGGUGGGUGUGUGA